AAAUUUGGUUAAUGUGACAUCUAUUACUGGCUUGAGCUGUCAGCAUUCCAAAAAAGGGAUAUCACCCUGAUCUCCAGCCUAUCAGGAUGCGUGAGGCUGAGUCUUGGAAAGUAAACCUAAACAUUUACAGGUGUAUAAGUACUGGUGCUAGCUAGUACAGAUGAUGCACCUGUCUCAGGAAAAGGACUAACACAGGUGUGUUGGAACUUGGGCUACUGCCAGAGCUAGAUUAUGAGCUCAUUUGAUCCACAGAUACACUCACCUCCACGCUGCAGCCCGCAAUUUCCAAGCAUCGGCCAGGAACCACCUGAAAUGAACAUCUACUAUGAAAAUUUCUUCCACCCACAGAACGUUCCCAGUCCGCAACGGCCCACCAACUUUGAAACAGGGGAUUACUCUGCUGCACCCAAUCCUUACUUGUGGUUAAACGGACCUUCCAUUAAUUCUCCACCUUACCUGCCAGGAUCCAAUGGCAGCCCAUACAUCCCACCAUCCUAUGGAAUGCAAAGGCAGCUCUUGCCCAACAUGCAUGGCUUGACAGGGAAUGACAUGGGCUGGCUCCCUAUGCCUUCUCAAGAGGAGCUGAUGAAGCUGGUAAGACCACCUUACUCCUACUCUGCCCUGAUUGCCAUGGCCAUCCAUGGGGCACCGGACAAGAGGCUGACGCUCAGUCAGAUCUACCAGUAUGUGGCAGACAACUUUCCCUUCUAUAAUAAAAGCAAGGCUGGCUGGCAGAACUCCAUUCGUCACAACCUGUCCCUCAACGACUGCUUCAAGAAGGUGCCCCGGGAUGAAGACGAUCCAGGGAAAGGCAAUUAUUGGACUCUGGAUCCAAACUGUGAGAAGAUGUUUGACAAUGGAAAUUUUCGGCGAAAAAGGAAGAAGAAAUCUGAUUGUAGCGCCAGCACG